AUGUAUUGGCCCAUUGGAACUCCUCGUAUCCAUGCUACCAGCAGCAGUCGAGCUCCCGCCUUCAAGCUAGUCGUCUCCAAUGAUGGCCUCACGAGCCCUUCCGAGUCCAGUUUAACCGCUUCACCUGGUCUUGCCAGCACCCAGCCCCGCGGCCACACCCUCGAUGAUCUCGAUUCCCUCCCCCCGCCGACGCCAGUAACGCCUGUGACACCAGGAGUCCGACCUGUCGAGCACGAUGAUUACACGACGAGCCGACCGCAGCCGUCUCUGGAAGGCGCCGAUGCCGACGGGAUACCAAUAAAAGAUCCUAUUCUGGCCCUUCGCGUCUCUCGCUCCGGGCACUUGUUUGCCGUCAUCACAACCACCUCCAUCACCAUCUGGCAGACAAAGCCCGCUGUUAUUCUCGCUGUCGUCGUGCGAUCCGAUUAUUCCCUCGAAACAUACGGCAAGAAUGUCGACCUCUUGCUCCGACCCGACUCGGCCAUUCUCGUCAUACACACCGACCAGGGCUACCUCAUCACCUACUCUCUAGCCACCGAUUCUGAUUCGCGCGUAUACAAACCUCAUUUCGCAAACUACCAUAAUGUUCAGCGACGAAGACAGAGCCUCAUCGGAGGCCUCGCUGGGCUGCCUCCUGAGCAGAUCCUAUGGGGCGCUGGCGAAGGACCAGGGGUCCGCGACCUGAGCGUCCGCUUUAGGAUGGUUAUCAAGGUCGAUGCUGGUAUCGAAAGUGCACUGGCCCUCGACGAUGAGUUGGUGGUAGCCACGAGAAAACCAGCCGCAGUUCAAUGCAUUCGCUGGACACCUGAUAGUACCGGAAGCCAGACGAGGACCGAGAUCAUCAGCCGAAUGGGUUGGGUUGAGAAGAAGGCCACUAUUGUCGAGAUGACGCAUGAUCGCCCUAUGAAUCUGCUCACCUGGAUCACUAGCAGCGGGCGAGCUUAUGCUGUUCAGCGCUACAAUCACCACGGAGACUCUAAUCAGGCAGACGACGCGGAUGCUAAACGGUUGUUCAAAGGCCACUGUUUCCAUGUCCCGAAAGGUCAUCACGACCGUGCUGUUGCAGCCGUCAUAAACGCACGGUUUUCCCUCAUUGCCGUGGGAUGUUGCGAUGGCACAGUGCAAGUCUAUUCCGUCCGGGACUAUUCUGGCAACAUUCCUCACUCGCAUACCCACAAGAUCCCUGUAUCACCAUCUUCCUCGGGCCCGUUUACCAGCUUGAGUUACUCCCCCGAUGGUUACUGCCUGUUCGCAGGUUUCAAAAAGGGAUGGUCAACCUGGAGCAUGUUUGGCAAGCUUGGGAGCCAUAGCUUCAGCUCAGAAGAGACUGCGUCUCGAGCCAACGGAGAGGAGUGGCUUUCUGGAGUUUCUGGAGCCACAUGGGUAGGGGGAGGCUCCGAGAUUCUAAUGAUAGGCCACCGGCAUGAAGCCAUCUGGUCACUCGAAAUGGCUAAGAAUGCCGUCACUGGGUGUUACAACGAGGCCAACGUUUUUCGGACGGUACUACAGACGCCGUCAAGCGUCAUGGUCUACAGAGGUUACGACGUGCCGGAUCUUACUAGUAUCUCAGCCGAGCCCUUCCUGUGGCAUACAGCAAAAAUCCCUGCAACUUAUCUCCUGAACCAGUGGCCAAUCCGGCAAACCGUCAUCUCGUCGGAUGGUCGAUACGUUGCCGUGGCUGGUCGUCGUGGACUUGCUCAUUACAGCGUCAACAGUGGCCGAUGGAAGACGUUUGCCAACGAGGCGAUGGAGAACGAGUUUCAGGUCAGAGGAGGCAUGUGCUGGCAUCAACACAUCCUCGUGGCCGCAGUUGAGGCUAACAGAACAUUUGAACUGCGGCUUUUCUCUCGGGAGACGGGACUCGAUUCGUCUCAAAUUCUUCAUAAGCAAACAAUCCCGGCUCCGGUGGUGCUCGUGACCACCUCUGGAGAGGACUCGCUCCUCGUCUACACCUACGAGAACCUAUUAUACCACUUUAUCUUCACACCCCAUGGUGGUUCGGUACGACUCAUUCAAGUGGGUCAGAUUGCCUUCCAUGGCAUUGUUAGAUCUCCAGCUCGAGUCCGAGGCUUGAGCUGGAUACUACCGGAUACCCAGUUGACAGAUGGGGAUCCUUCCCAAGACGUGGCAGUGGCGUCGGUGAUUUUCCUUGUUGAUGGGAAGCUCGUGCUGCUGCGGCCCUCAUUAAACGACGAGGGCCAGUUGAAGUAUGACAUGCGGGUAAUUGCACAGAAUGUGGAAUACCAUGCCAGCAUGCGAGACCAGCCGCUGCGAAACGCCAAUCGCCAGCUGGAGGACACUCCUCCGCGGAACGGACCGUCAGUUCUGCGAGAUUCUCUCUGGGUGUUUGAUGGGAUGGAGCUCAAGGCCUGGCCGAACAUUAACGAUGUGCUUGAAGCAGCAGGGGACAACAACAGGGAGCCGCCGACUCCAGUGUCGGUACCGGUUGACUUUUAUCCUCUUUCGGUCCUUCUCGAGAAGGGCAUCGUGCUGGGAGUCGAGUCAGAUCUGGUCCAGCGUCGCGAUGUGAACUUUUCCUAUUUCCACUUCACAAUCAGGACACACCUCGUACUCCCGGACCUGCUUCGCUUCUACCUCCGCCAAAGCAGAUCAGUUGAGGCGGCACAUCUUGCCCAGCAGUACCAAGAACUCGAGUACUUUGCACACGGCCUCGAGAUUCUACUACAUCGCGUGUUGGACGAAGAGGUGGACACAUCGCCGAAGCCUGCGGACGCCGUCCUACCUCGUGUACUAUCACUCCUGUCGUCCUUCAAAGAGUAUCUUGACAUCGUGCUACAGUGCACACGCAAGACCGAAGUGCGGCAGUGGAAGACGCUCUUUGCGUACCUCCCUCCGGCGCAGGAACUCUUUGAAGAAUCCCUUCAAAGGGGCUCGCUGAAGACGGCUGGAGGAUAUCUCAUUGUGUUACAUACAUUGGACGAACUGGGUUCGUCAACCGAACAAUCUGUGCGACUAUUGUCUCGGGCGAUGCGGGAGGGAGACUGGGAACUAUGCAAGGAGCUUGCCCGGUUUUUGGCAGCCAUGGACGAGACGGGUGAGACGUUGCAAGAGGCCAUGAGGAUGGUGGAGGUGGUGCUACGGCAAGAUUCGGGCCAGGACAGUAUAGGAAGUCGGCUACAGAUUCCAUCGACACGGACGGUGAACGGUGGAGGGAGCGGAAUGACGAGUGGCGAUGAGGACGGCACUUCGGAGUCGGACAGACGCUCAGCCAGCGACGGAGGCAGUAUUGCUUCAACGAUCAGCGCGCCGUAG